UACAAAUGGUCGAAGUAAUGGCAGCAAGCAGUGGCGGAGUCGAUUGGUCUCUUGUUUUGAAACCGUUUCUAUCACCGAAUUAUGAAAGUUCCAAUACUACAGAACUGAUAGAGCUAUGUUCUACAAUUGUAAAGAGCGAAUCUGAGAUUUGGAGGCAUAAAGAAAGCCACAAGAACUUCUACAAUACAUUCACCGUAUUAGCCGCUGAUUAUAUUAGUAGCAGUAUAUCAAAAUUGUCAGGAACACAACUGGAAACAGCCAGUGCAGCAUGUCGCGUUCUGUUGAAAUACCUUCUGAAUGCACUGCAGAAUGCGGGAAGUGAACAGUAUCAAGAUAGUGCCGCCAUAGAGCGCUAUCUGAAUGCGAUAAGGGUUUUGUGCAUAGGCACGGGAUUACUGAGCACUACGGAAGUUUCUAGUCUAGUCGAUACAAUGAAGGGAGAAAAUUUACCACAACAAACCAAUACUUCUCCUGGCAGUGAAAAAGAGAUUAGUAUUAAACAGGAGACGUCAAAAAACCGUCCCGAUCUCUCUGUAGCUAUCUUCGAAAGACUCACCUUACCAAUACGCGACAGUCCGCAUUCGAACCAGGACAUUCUAUCUAGUGCGCAAGCCCUUACAGAAAAUGCUGGCGAAUCUGAUCCUACCGCCGAAAUAACCAGAUUAUUUUUACGAACGAAUACGGAAAAUUUACAGUCCCUUAGAGCGGGCGAUACUCUUAUCGAUUUAUGCCUUAAUUUACCAACUAUUAAAAAGUCAAAGUUAAAAGUUGAAGAAGCACUGGCCGGCAGACCUUUUAGUAUACCUUCCAAUCAUGCGGAGGCAUUAGCCCACAGAAACAGUCUUCCCCAAACUGUCUCAGAAAUAUCCUUAACCAUCUCGGCAAUUAAUCUUCCUGUUUUGGAACCCCUCAACCCCACAAAAUUAGAAAAAUUGUGCAGUUUAGCUAUGGCUACGCUCUACUGUGCCAUAGCGCAAUCGUCGGCUAGUGCCUGUCUGGCCGCAGCAAAUAUGGUCUCACCAAAAUGCGGAGGACAACAGGCACAGGCUGCAAAUUUGAAAGAAGAAGAUUUAGAUGCCAAUGCAGUGAAAUUGGUUGAAGAGGCGUUGAAUAUGUAUAUGUAUAUAGGGACUGUAAUAAAGGGAUCAACCAGAGCUGGUGGACAUGUAUAUCAAAACUAUCUACUUGCCGGCGCCUGGGUUCUAGUUUCCGGAUUACAAACCCACCUUGUCCAAACUACCAGCGGUCCUACCACUGAUAAACCAUCAUCCAGAGAUAGGGAACAAGUUGAGAAGGGCCGACCCAGCCCUAGCAAGCAAGGACAGAACAGGGAAGCAAGUGCUGCUAAUUCAUCGGGAAGUGCCGGACCUGCCAGAUCCGGUCUACAAAAGUUUCAGCAAAGCUUUGGAGUAUUAAGUGUAGCUUUAUCUACACGAGCUCUGGCACUUUUGUCCGAAUUAUUUGACGACUUGAGCCUGGAAGUGUGUAUUGGGCCAGCCGGAAGCUUAGCAACGGUUGAGCCCGCACCUUUGGCUAUGAUGGGCCAAUUUACAGCUCUGCAACGCGUGGCCAGAGUACUGAGCGCUGCACCCAUGAAUCACUUGCUUUUCUACCUAUCCAUCGUCAGCUACAGGAAGGCUUGCUCUUUGAAGCGUCUAAUUCCCGCCAGAGGGCGAUAAUUUCAGCCAGUCCGACUCGCAGCUUAUUUUGAAGAUAUGAUUUUGUGCAGCGAUGAAAACUCAGAGACAGAUGAUGAUGAUGACAGUGAACCUCUACUAGGCCAAUGGUUUGAAGAAACCUUAGUACCACCCGAAACUACCGAAUCCAAAACACCGUCAAGUUCCGAGAAUAUAGAGUCUAAAUCGAAUAAUCAGUCAAAUCGUGGCCAUUCGAUUGUUCCUGAAAAAGGAGAGGUCGAUGGUUACAUUUCGUUAGCCACAAGCAUAUUUGUGUUCCUAAAUAAGCAUUUUCUAUGCUCUAAAGCCACGUUGAUCAGUCGCUACAUCAAAAACGGUCUGACCGAACAACAAAUGAUUAUUCUGGCAGCGAUUAUAAGAGAUCUCGAUAGAGAAUGGGCAAAAUCGGAAUUUAGCGAACAGUAUAGCGAAUUUUCGAGCGCUUUGAUGAAAUUUACUCACAAUUUAAUAACGAGCAAUAAUUUAACGUCUCUCCAAGCUUGUUUGUUGAAUCAUUUGGGGGUGUCGCCUUGGAACGCGGAUACUCCACAUGGCUGGCCAUUGCAAGUGUAUCCUCGGACGUUAACAGUGUUAGCACAGGUGUUACUACUUAGGCCACAGAACGAAAAAGAAGCCUCCGUAAUAAGUAUUUGGCAUAGACUGGUAAAUACUUUGAUAGAAAACGUCUUGAAUGCUCCACAAGGAUUCGAUGGUGAAAGCGAAGAUUUAAAUGUGGAACAUGCCGAGGUAUUACUCUAUUUAUUCCAUUCGCUUAAUUUAAUGCAAAAAAAAUCUGUAGUACUGCUGAUGGCAGGCGGUGUACUGAGAUGUUCCGAAAUAGCGAGGAACAAUUUGAAAGAUUCGCAACUUCUGAAUUUGUCGCGGUUGCUUUUGCUGUUUGAUUACAUCAUGAAGCAUCUGUAUGACGUUCCAGCAUCACUUUUGGAAAAGAUUCAGCGUAAUUUGUUCGAUUUGACGAAUUUGAACGGCGAUUUCAAAGAUAUGACGUCUCUUAAAUCUGAGGCCGUGUGGAAGGAAAUAGAAGAUCCUUAUAGGAAAAUUUCAAACGAGAACCAUCCAUCACCUAAAUUUUAUAAACUGUCAAACUUGGAGGUUAACAAUCAAGAGUCUCCAAAGUUAGACGGACUAGCCUGCAACUUUAUAUUGGGCACGCCCGAUAAACUAAGAUACCCGUUAUUGUUAGACGCACUGAUCGAAAUUCUAAACGUAAUUCACGGUAUAAACGCAGCCAGUAUACCGAAGAUAUCUAUAUUGGGAUUAUGCGCCACACAAUACUGCUUUACAAUUUGUUGGAGGCUGUUACAUUUAUUACCUCCAUCGAUUUCGUACAUGGAACGACUUGCAACUGGAGAAACACUGGCACCCGGUUCGUUGUUAAUGCACUCUUUAAUAUGGGGUCCUCGAUCUGGACAUAAGAAUUUCAACAGAUGGUUAAAAGAUUGCCUGGUCAAACAGGGUAUGUUCACUCAGAACACGGAUAAAUUGUUAAAAGCAGUGUCUGACGCUGUUAACAACAUAGAAUACGAUGCAGCUCUGGCUAAGACUUGUAUUAUUAGCUUAACUCCGGAAAUAGGCAAGGGCAUUGUAAUGAAAGAUCAGUUGCCUUUGCUAUGGCAGUUGAUUCUCUUGGAUUGUUUAAUAGGAAAGGUAGAGGUGGCACUAGACGACAUUUUAGACUCAGUCCCACCUUCCAUUACCGCUUCGGAACAUUCCUGUAUCCAGGAUCUGUUCCCUCACGUUUUGAAGCUGGCCCAAGCCCUCCUACACUGUACCCGAUGGUCGAUCUUUCAUUUGAUUAUCGACCAUAGUGAUAACUCUGAUAAGGUACAACUAAAGGAUUUAGAAACGAUGCACGACGUGUUAGCUAUCGCAUCUAAUGAUAAUAGCUUGUUGACUACCCUGGCUAAGGAUAUUGACACGCACUUGCCCAAUACUAUCAGUUCGAUCUUACUGGAAUGGAGAACCAACUUUUUACAAGAUACAUAUUCGAUGCAGUACUGCAACGACUUAAUACCGUCAGAGAGUUACAUUUUGAAAAUUAUCGAUAUCCACAUAUCAUCCAUGUCGAAAUCGGCAACGUUUAGCAUCGACCUUUCCCUAAAACGUACCCUGGAGAAUCUGGUCAAGUUCAUAGUGCAACACGCGCCGAAAAUCGAGAAUACCGACACGAAAAAUAAGGCGAUCGAGAUGUUAAUUUCGAUUACCACAGAUGCCAGGACUGAGUAUUUGUAUAACGUCUCGUCGAAGGCUUUGGAAAAGAUGAUCGGUGAUGCUGAGACGGAUGAGAGGCAAAAACGAGUGUAUAUCAGAGUCUUGGAUCAUACCUACAACCUCUUAAUGAACUAUACCAGCUCUAACAACGAACAGAAGACAAAGGUUGACGAAAAAAUAUUACACAGUUGCCUGAAAUUCUACGAAAAAAUUAUUGAAAAGAGCUCGGGAAGACAAGCUUUAGAAAGCUUUUUCAGCGGGGACAAGCAUUUGGUAAAAGUGCUAAUGUCAGUGUCAAGUCCUCGCAUGUCCCAACAGUACAGUACCCGAGUACUUCACUUUUUCAACAAGCUGUUCCAAGCGGCCGAAAAGAGUUCUACCGAUCCCAGUUUGAACUAUCUUUGUUCCAGUAUGGGUAAACUGGCUGAAGUGGAGAGCGAAAAAUUGCAGAUGUGGUUAAGGCAGAUUAUUCUCGGUCCUAAUGAAACUGAGGUGUCAUCAAGUGGACUCGUUUUGAAACUGAAAAAACAAUCAAGCACGUCUAGUUCGGACGGUAAAGAAUUAUACGUAACGAUGGGAUCAAACGACGACAAAAAGUCCCUAGUACAAGAAAACAGCCAACUGCUACAGGCCCUCACGAGCUAUAUAGUUAAGCAGACUAGCAAUGUUGCCGAAGACGUUUCUGUAACUAUACUGAAGGCUUUGAUACCGUUGGGAAGUCACAUUUUGGGCCCGAGUUUAGAAGGUGUAGGAUUCACGGAGCUGAUGAACGUUAUGACUAUGUUGGCUGAUGCUGGAGUGGGUAGAGGGCACACUUAUCUGUUUCCCGCUGUGUCAGAAUGGAUUGAAUUAUGUGUUAAGUACGUUCAGAAGAAGGAAAUCAGCGAAAAGAUGGCAACAUCUCCCGAUUCGCUUAAAAACAGUAAUAUGUUACAUGCUGCGUCGUGUAUUUUGGAUUAUGUAAGCGACGUAAUUUUGUUAAUUACUGAACAACCACCCAGAUCUGUGUCACCACAGUGGGAACAUGAAAGCCCAUUAGAUUUAGAACUGGAUUGGCAGGAAGACAUCAACGAAGAUGACGAUAGUGGAGAAGAUUCUGAUGAGGAUUCGUUGUGUAAUAAGUUGUGCACGUUUACAGUUACUCAGAAGGAGUUUAUGAACCAACAUUGGUAUCAUUGCCACACUUGUAAAAUGCUAGAUGGCGUAGGCGUAUGUUCUAUAUGCGCGCGCGUCUGUCAUAAAGGACACGAUAUAAGUUACGCAAAGUAUGGAAAUUUCUUCUGUGAUUGUGGAGCUAAAGAGGACGGAUCUUGUCAGGCUUUGAUAAAGAGAAGUCCCACUUCGAACGCUGAAGGAAGUGGUGGACAAAAGAAGGAAGAAAACGGUGAACAUGUCCUGGCCAGUUCAUUGAGAAGGAGAACAAGUUCGCCUGUACCAACCGAUAAAAUACUAUUUGAAGAAAAACGGCCAGACCACCAGAAAAAGAAACUAGAAGAAUCUAAAGAAUUUUUACUUAAUAAUUUGAGUUCCAGCAACGUGACAGCGUCUUUGUUAGACUUUUUACACUGCUUGAUUCCCGCUAUCGAAGCAACAUGCAAUCAGAACAGCCCAGUGGGGUGUCAUGUCAGAGGUGUUAAGGCACUGGAACAAUUAUAUAGUGCGGAGAAAAAGUACGUGCACACGGAUCUUUUGAUGGUUCCAACUCUAGGCUCGCAAGAGGGCGCUUUUGAAAACGUGCGCAUGUCGUACGCUGGCGAUCAAGGUCAAACGAUAAGACAAUUACUGUCAGCUCAUAUUAUUCGAAGAGUUGCGAUGUGUUGUAUGACUACUACUCAAGGCAAAAGACAACAUUUAGCGGUAUCCCAUGAAAAAGGAAAAAUUACCGUUCUUCAACUGUCAGCUCUGCUAAAGCAAGCUGACUCUGCUACGAGAAAGUUGACUCUGACCAGACUUAGUUCCGCACCAAUACCAUUUACAGUUCUUUCAAUGACAUCAAAUCUUUGCAACGAGGACUUUCUCGCCGUUUGUGGCCUGAAAGACUGUCACGUUUUGACAUUUAACUCCAACGGACAAGUGACAGAUCACUUAGUUUUACACCCGCAUCUCGAAACGGGCAACUUUAUUAUCAAGGCUUUAUGGUUGCCCGGGUCUCAGACAGAACUAGCUCUAGUUACUGCCGACUUUGUUAAGAUUUUUGAUCUUAGCAAGGACGCUAUCAAUCCGCAAUACCACUUUUUGGUUCCCAGUGGAAAAAUUCGAGAUUGCACUUUCAUAUACGAGGAAGGCAUUUACCAAAUCCUGAUAAUGUCAUCGCCAGGACACAUCUAUAUCGAAACUUUGAACGAUGACAGUUCUACAAAGUAUGGUAGUUUUUACGUCACCAACACACUUGAAGUGUUUCACUUGGACGUGACAGAUCUGAAUGGACAAGUAGCGGGUGGAGGUGUGUCCAUCUACUUCUCGCACACGUUAAAUUUGCUGUUCUAUAGCUACGCUCAAGGAAAAAGCUUUAUUUCGCCCAUAGUUCAGAAGAGCAACUGCUUGUCUUUAGUAUUUCCGAUCAACCUUCCAACGACUACAUCGUCUAACGGUUCAAACACGAAAAGUAACAGCACAAGAAGCUCGAAUCCUCAACCAUUGUGCCAAUGGACUGAGAUACCCAAUCAUCCGGGUUUGAUAUGUUGCGCGAUGCAGUCCAGUAACCAACCUGUAGUGUUGAUGCUUAAGCCUGAUUCUGUCCUAAUUCAAGAAAUUAAGGUGGUACCAGCGAAAUCAAAAAUAAUGGACAUGGUAGCUAUCAGACAUAAUUCGGGUAGCGAAUUAAGAACUACUUUGAUUUUGCUGUGCGAGGAUGGUAGUUUGAAGAUGUUCAUCGCUAAUAUGGAACAAACCGGAUUUUGGAUGUCCAAUAAUAUUCAGCCUACUCUUCCUAUAGGAACUUUAAUGAAACCUAAAAAGAAAAAGCCGAUAAAAUCUGGCAAAACAUCGAGCGCUCCGACAUUCCCCGUCGACUUUUUCGAACAUUGCACUGUAAUGAACGACGUAGAAUAUGGCGGCAACGAUUUGCUACAAAUAUACAAUGCGGCCCAACUAAAACACAGAUUAAAUACUACCGGAUUAUAUAUAGUUUGCAACAAGGCCCAAUUCCAAAUAGAGGUUACCAACAACGAUCCGAACACAGUCAUGUGCGGUAUCAGAGUUUUAGUAGGCACUCAAGAUCCUCAAAAAGCUCCAUCUUACGUAGAAGUUUUCGGAAGAGUUAUUUCGUUUACUGUCACGAGAAGUCGUUGGUAUGAUGUGCCAUUCUCUAGAGAGGAGAGUUUACAAGCCGAUAAAAAGUUGGCCAUAGUUUUCGGACCUUGUCAAGAUCCCGAGCUGAUGACGAUGGUGGAUAGUCUGAAAAUUUACGGCAAAACGAAAGAUUUGUUCGGAUGGCCCGAAGACAGCGACGAUAACGUUACUAGUGCAGCUGCUAACUCGGCCAGUAACUGUAACAAUAAUCAAGGGUUGUCCUCGAAUACUGAAGAUCAACAAUGUGGUUUGCCUCAACAACUGUCAAAAUUAGAGCGCUUGGCAAUGGACAUCUUUAGAAGCUUAGACGCCUCACUUUAUGCCCACUUAUCAGAAGAAAAAUUCACCAAACUUAAACCCGCUGCCUUGAAAAUUGCUACCCAGUUAUUAACUUUACCCACCCCACCGUCAAUUCAAGUCCACUCAAAAGCUUUGAUGUUGACGUUACAUCCUACCAAGCAACAAUAUCACAAUUACAAGGAUCAAGCUCUACUGGAACACGUUCUAUGCAAUUUGACGUCUAUGACAGAAAGAAAAGGAACCGAGACCGUGGACUUAGAUGCCGAAAGCUACUACCGCUUAGUAUUGAUAGUUAGAAGUAUUGCGGUGGCCAGACCGCAAAAUUUGGUUAAGUUUGCCGAUAGUUACGCUUCUAUUCAAGACGCGAUAGUCGAAGAUCCGUUGGGCACUAGUGAGAGCAGUAAAGAACCUGAAAAAGACUCAAAUAAAGAGACAAAAAAGAGCAAACAUUUAUUAAUACAACUAAUAGAUGUGUUAUGGAUGUUGCACAAACUGAAUCCCGAAAUUCCUGCUUUAGCUCCAGUAGUUGUUCCUGGAUUAAAAUAUACUGAACAAGUUAUUCACUCACUCAUAGAGAUUAUACAUGCCUUCUAUAGUUCGGAGAAUUACAGCAACGUUGCAAUUUCGCUUUAUUUGCAGUUGUUAUUGUGCGACGAUCCCGUUAUAGCGUUUAGUGCGAAACAGGCUUUGUGUAAGGUGUUGAAACCGCACGUCAAGCGCCGACGCGUCUGUAUACCGUCCCCCACUCGCUGCGAGAGUCCCCAGUCGAUGAAAUUGUACACUCCCGACCCGAUUCAACCUUCCACGUCAUCGUCAGCCAAUCAUAGCGAGUUACCGGCCCAUCAAGUGGCCUCGAGUUCGGGAGCCUUCGACGUCGACAUGGUCGAAGCCAUCGAACUGCUGGAGCAGAGCAGGCACCAGGGAGGUGGCGGUGUCAACCCUCUGGAAGCUUUGCUGGGUGGAGGAGUCGGGUUUCCUCCCUUGUUGGAUAUUCCCGCGGGUGCGGAUGAGGAUAUAGUGGCGUUGGCGAUAGCUCUGAGUUUGCAGGACCACGAAAUGAACGUCGCUGGAGCGGCCGAACAACACCAGGUAGUGCAGAAUUUGCAGGCUCAAUUUAGAGACGUCACACAAGGCCAAGCGGCGGUUGCGCCGUCUCAGGCCCAGCAGGAAUCGGCAAAUUUUAGCGACACAACAGCGUCGGCAGCUGGUUCGGACGAUGAAGGGUCAACGGCCGCUACUGAUGGUUCCACGUUACGUACUUCCCCCGCCGAUCAAGGAGGAAGCGCUGGCUCAGAAAGCGGAGGCAGUGGCGUAGAUAGUAUUACAGGUGAACAUAAUGUGUCUGGUAGAUCAUCAGCCUACGGCGAUGACGGAGCUGCUGUCAAAACUACCGAGAGUAGUUCUGGUAUUGUUUCUGCACAGGGAAUCAUACAGCGACCAUCUCAAGGAAGCGAUACUUUGGCUCAAGUACAAGAAGACUUAGAAUGCGAAACCGAAAACACUGCAAAAUUACACUGUCUCAGACUACAGUUGUUGGAAAAAGUUAUCGAAUAUUUACCUAAACUGAAAAAUGUUGAAGGUGUCAGAACAAUACCUUUACUUCAAGUAAUUUCUCAACUUACCGGUGAUCUGGAUGGUGCCUGCGAGCGAGACAGGACUUGUUUAAAUUCGUUAUUGCUUGUUAUAACUGAAGAAUUACAAUUCAACGGAGAAAAUAUACAGAGUAUUUGCACUAGAAGUAAAACUGGCGAGGUUCACCUCCUUCUUUUGAAGUUAAUUUCCAAUUUACUUCAAAGACAUAAAACAUCUUCCACGUCCAAAUCAAGUAGUGCCGCAGAUAGUACUAAUUAUGUCGCUAGAACUGCGGCAACUUAUCUUCACAAAGUCGGAAUUAUAAAUUACUGUUUGAAGAUUUGCCAGACUCUCUACAAUGAUUAUUGGAAAAAUCAGACUGAAGAAGAGAGUAGUACAGGUGCCACAAAUGGUAAUCUACUGAAACCUCAUUUGAACUAUCCCCUGCCCGAUAUGACACCAUUCUUCUUGAAAAAUCACCUGAAAGACAAUUCUACGGACGUUUUUAAUAACUACCGUCAUCUCAUCACAGAAAUCAUAUUAAGACUUCCACUGCAAGUUCAACGACUGUCGGAAGUGAACGAUAGUAUGAGCGCAGUAUUUGACGGCCAGUGGUAUAGAUAUUUGUGUGAAUAUAUGAUGACAUCUUUACCGCCGCCUUCAAGAAGAAACGCCCGAAAGUUACUGCUGUAUAUUUGCGGAAAUAAAGAGAAAUACAGACAGUUGAGAGAUUUGCAUGCUCUCAGCACCCAUACUAAAGGAGUGAGACAGUGUUGCGUUAAAGGUGGCUACCAGUCCAAUACAGAUCUGCAACAUGCCUUAAGCCUCCCUUACGACAGCCUUGUAGAGUUAGUAGAACACUUAAAGGCUUGUCUAGAUAUCGCUCUGUUUAGAACUGGAAACUGGCAAAGAUAUUGUCUGCACACCGAAGAAAUUUUGCCGUUUUUAUUAAGAGUCAGUUUCUUGUUGGACGAGGGCGUAGCUCCUACUAUUUUGCAACUCCUAACUAGUGCUCUAGUAGUUAAUUCGAAUCCACAAACUAAGAAAGGCGAGAGUAGCAGUAAGACAAGUCGAAAGGAUAGAGAAAAAUCAGACGAUUCCGCAGUGGAAGCCUUCUUUGAAGAAUCGAACUGUGUAGCUUUGGUAGAGCAAAUCAAUAAGCAGAUAUCUAGAGAGAUUCUAGCUAGAUUUAUUAAAACGUUUACUCUGGAGAAUAAUACUACUGCAGUCCGUUGGCAAGCUCACGGAUUAAUAUUGGCGAUUUACAAGAAUUCCAAACCUAAAGAGCAGGAAUCUUUGCUGGAACUGUUGUGGCAAUUGUGGCCCUUGCUGCCAGCCUACGGUAAAAAAGCUGCGCAGUUUGUAGAUCUGUUGGGCUAUUUUUCGUUAAAAUACACCGAGAAAAAGGAAGGAGAAGUUAAAAUCGACGAGUACGUUCAAAAGGCUGUUUCAGUACUAAGAGCCCAAAACGAAAUGCUUGCUUACCACCCAAAUGCCAAUCUCUACGCUCAUAUGUCCCAGUUUGUCGAUUUAGACGGUUACUACUUAGAAUCUGAACCAUGCCUGGUUUGCAAUAAUCCAGAGGUACCAUUUACGACUAUCAAACUAUCUUCAAUUAAGGUUGAUUCUAAAUUUACUACGACAACUCAAAUUGUAAAGCUGUUAAGCAGUCAUAUUAUCAGCAAAAUUACAGUAAGAAUUGGUGACUUGAAGAAAACUAAAAUGGUGCGCACCAUAAAUAUCUACUAUAACAAUAGAUCAGUGCAGGCAGUGGUCGAAAUAAAGAACAAGCCUGCUCUGUGGCAUAAAGCUAAAAAAGUGGUUUUGCAAUCGGGCCAGACAGAGGUAAAAAUCGAGUUUCCGUUGCCGAUUGUUGCGUGUAAUCUUAUGGUGGAAUAUGCCGAUUUCUAUGAAAAUAUACAAGCUAGUAGCGAAACACUGCAGUGUCCUAGAUGUAGCGCCUCGGUGCCCGCUAAUCCAGGGGUGUGCGCGAAUUGCGGCGAAAACGUUUUUCAAUGCCAUAAAUGCAGGGCCAUAAACUAUGACGAGAGGGACCCGUUCUUGUGCCACGCUUGUGGCUUCUGCAAGUAUGCCAAGUUUGACUUUUCGUUGCACGCCAAACCUUGCUGCGCAGUCGAGCCUAUCGAAAGCGACGAAGAUCGGAAGAAAAUGGUAUCGAAUAUCAACUCGUUGUUGGAGAAAGCCGACAGAAUUUACAAACAACUAAUAGCUAAUAAACCUACAUUGGAAUCGCUAGUUUUAAAAAUAACGGAACAUCGAAACGAUAGGAAACCUGAGGAUCAGACAUCGAGCAACAACAACACUCAGAAUUCUGUUAGUUCCGUCCAGAUGGCGCAAGUAAAAGUAAACAAAACCAUUCAAAUGCUGGCGCAACAGUACUGCACAGAGUGUAAAACCUCCUUUGAAGAACUAAGUAAAAUUAUUCAGAAGGUGUUGGCUUCUAGAAAAGAGCUAGUUACAUACGAAAGAAAACAUCACGACACUGAUUUGUCAGAGAGUUUGUCGAUUUUCGAUGAUUUACAGAUCACUUAUAAAACUCCAUGCAUUGUCAAUAAAUGUUAUGGUUGUGCCACAGCAGCAACUGAACAUUGUUUAACACUUUUAAGAGCUUUAGCUCUUAAUAAGACCACUAGGCAAACUUUAUGCUCCUAUGGUUUGGUACAGGAAUUGGUAUGGAACAACCUUAGAAAAGGUAAUAUAAGCAACCAAGAAGAUGUACGACUACUCCUUUGUACAUUAACCAGAGAUAAUCCAGAAGCAACAGAAGAUUUGUGUAACUUGUUGAUGAGGAGGAUUACAAACAGCUUAAGCGGUAAUUUGAACAGUACUGACUUAGGAGCUAACAUUCGGCAUGAAAUAGCCUUACUAGCUGCGAUGGUCCAGAAAGAAGACGAGUGUUGGGAACUAAAACUUAGCUGUAUGAUGUCAUUAUUUUUGAAAGCUUGCGAAGAUUCAAAGAGUCCUAUUGUAAUGGAAAGCGUCAUUCUGCCUUGCUUAAAGAUCAUACAAAGUUUGAUGAAAAUUUCCGAACCAGCUAGCAGUUCUGGAAGUACCAGUACUAGUAAAAAAUCUAAAGAAAAAUCGAACACUUCUAGAAAUACUGGAUUAAACAAGCUAGCUCCUUCCGAGGCGCCAGUGGAUGUACGAAAAUUUUUAAAUAAAGAUUCGUCACAUUCAUUUACAGGUUGGAAAGGUCGGUUGUUACGUCGUACCGAGACGAGUUCCUCGUUGGCUAGCACCAAGCAGGAAGUUCGUAAUUUAUAUUUAGCCGAAAAGUACGUGAGGAAAUGGAGAAGAUACGUUAAGAGAGUGGGAACGAGUAGAUUGGCGUUAAGCGCCACCUCUUGGCUGGAAACGGUUCUGUUUAAUUCCAGUUCCAGGCAAGCGACGGUGGCUUGUAGUAUUGUCGAAGCGAUGUGCACUACGUACGAACAUAAGAGGGAAAUUAUCACUCUUCUCACUUGCUUUUUGUCUAAGUUAAGCGACGCCGGGGAAUCGUCAGCCGAAUUUUUAAAUCUAUAUCAAAGUUUGAUACAGGAAACUCCGUGGAAACAAUACUUAACUAUAAAAGGACUUCCAUUAGUGCUGGCCAAUCUUAUGACUCGCGAAAUCGAGCAAUUACAUCGCUUGGAGGCAACCACAUUAACGUCAGAUUUAGCCCAAGGUUAUGCUCUUAACCAGCUAACAGAAUUGUUGGCCGGAUUUUUAGAUGACAGUUCUAUAAGGGGGCAGUACAAGUCCAGACUAGUGGGGGCCGUACUUAAUGGGUACUUGUCUCUAAGAAGAUUGGUGGUUCAAAGAACUAGACUUAUAGAUGAGACUCAAGAGAAACUGUUGGAACUGCUUGAAGAAAUGACAACAGGCACCGAAGAAGAGACAAAAGCCUUUAUGUCUGUGUGUAUCAAAACGGUGGAGAGAUACAGCCUUCAGGAUAUUCUAACACCUGUCUUUAUUUUCGAACGGCUGUGUUCGAUUAUUUACCCGGAGGAAAACGACGUGGGCGAAUUCUUUUUGACUUUGGAAAAAGAUCCCCAACAAGAGGACUUUUUACAAGGUCGUAUGCUUGGCAAUCCAUACUCAAGUAAUGAAGCAGGUCUGGGACCGUUAAUGAGAGACGUUAAAAACAAAAUUUGUCAAGAUUGUGAGCUAGUCGCGCUCUUGGAGGACGACAACGGAAUGGAAUUAUUAGUAAAUAAUAAAAUUAUGAGCCUAGACUUACCCGUGAAGGACGUCUAUAAGAAGAUAUGGUUGGCUGAAGGAGGUGACCACGAUGCUAUGCGCGUAGUUUAUAGAAUGAGAGGUUUGUUGGGUGACGCUACCGAAGAAUUUAUCGAGACUCUGGACAAUAAGGGACAAAGUGCCGUAGAUAACGAGGAAGUGUAUAAAAUGGCCAACGUUUUGGCAGAUUGUGGCGGUCUCAAGGUUAUGGUAAUGCGCUUGGGAGCCAUACAAAACGUUUGGAGAGCAAAACCCUUAUUACAAGUGUUACUAAAGUUGUUUAGACUAAGUAUAAAAGUCAAUAAAUGUCAGAAAGUUCUUAUCGAUCCGGAAUUAAGAGCAAUGGAAGUGUUUUUGAAAAUUUUACAAUUAUGUCUUGAAGGUGAUACAGAUUCUAGUCAAUCAGCGGUAACUGAACAACUACUAGACAUUAUGGAAAAGCUAAUGUCACAAGCUACCAGUAAAUCACUGGAGACUUUUGAAGAAUUGUCUCUAACUUUUGGAGGACCCGAAUACGUUAAAUCACUUUUAACUUUCACGGUUCAUCCUGCGGUAAAGAACAACGCGUCAGUUCUAAGUCAUUUAACAAGAGUUUUAGCGGCUUUGGUUUAUGGAAACAAAGAGAAAAUGGAGAUUUUGCUUGGGCAUUUCAAAAACGUUUUAGAAUUUAACAGGUAUGACUUUGAACAUACAGUCGAAGACCAACAAAAACUCGAAAUGUUCUGCAUGCUAACUAACAGCAUAGAAAAAAACGUCAUAGGAAAUACUCUGAAGGAUUAUGUGCUGUCGUUAGGUAUAGUUAAGGACGCUAUAGAGUAUAUAACCAUGCACGCGCCGUGCGUCAAACCUACAUUGUUGAGAACAGACAGUGACGAACUAAAAGACUUUAUUUCUAAACCUGCACUAAAAUAUAUUCUAAGGUUUUUGACAGGACUGGCGUAUAGUCACGAAAACACUCAGUUAGAAAUAGCAAAAGCGGAAACUAUACCGAUUAUUCACCGAUUGGAGCAAGUUAGUUCUGACGAACACGUAGGUUCUUUGGCGGAGAAUUUACUAGAAGCUCUUUGUACUAAUCCUGUAGUGGCUAAGCAAAUUGAAGAGGUUCGAGAGUUUACGCGAUCAGAGAAGAAACGUCUAGCAAUGGCCAUGAGAGAAAAACAACUGGGGCAGCUCGGGAUGAGAACUAACGAUAAAGGACAGGUGACAGCAAAAUCUACCAUUUUGCAACAAAUUGAAGAGCUUGGAGAGGAAUCUGGUCUUGUGUGCUGUAUUUGUCGGGAAGGUUACAAAUAUCAACCUACAAAAGUCUUAGGGAUUUACACGUUUACGAAAAGAUGUAACGUGGAGGAAUUUGAAACUAAACAACGCAAAACUAUUGGUUACUCUACUGUCACACACUUCAAUGUGGUACAUAUUGACUGUCACAUGUCAGCUGUCCGAUUAGCUCGAGCACGCGACGAAUGGGAGUCUGCUGCACUUCAGAACGCUAAUACAAAGUGCAACGGACUGUUACCGCUCUGGGGUCCCCAAGUACCAGAGUCAGCUUUUGCUAGUUGCUUAGCUAGGCACAACACUUACUUGCAGGAGAGUACUAACCAUCGGGAUAUAGGUCACAGUUCCACGAUACACGAUUUAAAAUUACUAUUAUCACGAUUUGCUCUUGAGAAGUCCUUCCACGAGGACACUGGUGGAGGAGGACCUCAAAGUAACAUGCACAUGGUGCCUUAUUUAAUCCACGUUGGUCUGUACGUCAUUAACACAACAAGGGUAUACUCAAGAGAAUUUGCUGCUCUAUCACUCUACGCAUCUACCGAUAUUUCUGCUGACUUGGCGUUCCAAGCCGAAGGUCCGCAAUACAUGGCAACCAUGGCUUUGUACUUGAAAAGUAAAGGAGAGUGGGAAAAAGAAAGAUUGGUACAUUUGUCUAGAUUACUGGUAGUUGCACAAGCUCGCCAUGUUCAGCCUGGUGGGACUGGAAGUGGUCUGACAGACUCGUCUGUGAAAGAAUAUUCUGUUUACAAACCAUACUUGGUCUUCUUUGGUUUGAUUGACGGAAUAUAUAAAUAUUUCUUUAAGGAUGUAGAGGGCGAACUGGAACACUGGCCCAAUAAUUUAGCGGAUUAUAUUCGUCAUAAUGACGAAUCGCUAAUAAAGAAUUCUGAGAAACUUCUAAGCUAUUACACAGAUGAACUGUUGCCGUGCACUUCCUUUGGCGAAUUUUGUGAUGUGGCUGGUUUGCUGGAUGUGAUAACAGACACAGAGAACUACAUCAACUCCGUCUUAAGUAGUGUGAAGUAAAAAAACUAGCGGGACUAGUACAAGACCACAAGGCUGUUUUAAACAUUUAUGCUUGCUGAAUUAAUUCAUUAUUGUAAUCCAAGGAUGUUAACACUGUUAAAACUAAAUUAUUUCACGAUACAAUAUCUACAUUUUAACUUCAAAGUAAUUUAAAUUACAAUAAAUAAAGGUUUUAGAGCAC